AUGGUUCCUCUUGAUGACUCACAUACUUGGGCAAAUGCACUGACCAUCAUUGGUCUUCUCUACGCGCGCGCGAAUGACGAUGAUGCGGGCCAACUCUUAUUCGCACGCACACUAACUCCCAACCCAAGCAACGGCAGGACUCCCGAUGAACGCAGCACACAAUUUUCUAAGCGCCCAACUAGCUAG